UUCACUUCAACCGUCUCACUCUAUCGACACUUCAAAGCCAGUACCUGCGCCUCUACCCCUCAUCAUCGUCGCCGGCCACCGUUGCGUCCUUCUUCAGCCUCACCAUCACCGGCCGAUCUGUGCUAGCCGACAGGAUAAUGAGAUUACUUCCUGUUGCAGCUUACAUAUUUUCCAUCGAAUCUUGGUUCACAAUUGGGACUGAUCCUGUUGGUUUGUUAUGCAAACACGUUAUGUGGUGUGGAGAUAUGUUCCAAGGCUUUCGAUGUAAGUUCCCCAGCAAAAGGUUUGUAGGUUGACAAGCUUUUAUUGCAGCCGGGGCUUCAGAGUUAUUAGUAAUGUGGACGAAUGUUUUCAAAAUUGGAGGGCUUCAUCAGAUAUCAUGGUUUCAGUUCCUCCCUCAUGAAUCUGAUCUGAAUCCCAUGCCUGAUAAAAGUGUGAAAGUGGAGCAGAAAGAUGCUGCUACAUUGCUGGUGCUUUCAUCCCAUCUGCAGUUGCAGAAGGGAGGAUUUCUCAGCACAUGGACCAAUUCUUUUGUUGGACCCUGGGACCCAUCUCAGGGCUUACACAACCCUGAUGAGAAGAUCAAGCUCUGGCUUUUUCUCCCUGGGCGUCAUUCUACUGUUACUGAGGGCGCUCAGCAUGCAGUUUCUAAAUUACGAAUUCUUGCAUCUGGGCUCUGGUUGGCUCCUGGGGAUUCAGAAGAGAUAGCAACUGCUCUAUCUCAGGCCUUAAGGAAUCGUAUAGAAAGAGCACUCACAGGACUUUCCUAUGUUAGAUUUGGAGACGUGUUUUCAAGAUACCAUCCAUUUUCACAAAGUGAAGAACUUUUCAGGAGGGGUCAGCCUGUGGUUGAGUUCAUUUUUGCUGCCACUGAAGAGGCAGUUUUUGUGCACGUUGUAAUAUCUGCAAAGCAUAUUCGGGCACUUUCUGGUUGCGACGUAGAAAGGACAUUAAAGCGUUCUUCUAGUUGUUCUGUUGAUAGGCUUCCAGUAAUAGUCUCACCUCAUGGAAUGCGUGGUAGGCUUUCAGGAUGUUGUCCUGGUGACCUUGUGAGGCAAGCGUAUCUCAGUUCUGGCAAGUAUAGUACUUCCAAUGGAAUCGUUGGCCUACCGAACCGUAUUUCUCAAGGUUCUGGUUGCCAGUUGAGGGGUCAAAAUUGCUAUAUUGAAGUUACACUUGGCUACCCUAGUUCCGAAAAUAGCAAGGCACUGCAACUUGGCUCGAAUUCGAAUAAGAAUUUUGUCAAGCAUCAUAUUGCUGAAUCCCCUGCAGUGCCAAGAGGGGUUCAGAAGGGAUCGUCAGAUCUGCUUUCAGUUUGUGAAAAAGCAUUUAUUUAUCCAGCUGAGGCAGUGCUUGUCCCAGUCCUGCAUACGUCAUUUGCUAGAUCUUCUUUGAAAAGAUUCUGGCUACAAAAUUGGAUAGGGCCAUCCUUUUCUGCUUCAUCCUUCUAUAUGCAUUGCAGUGCUGGUGAGAUAGAUUUUGUGGAUGGAUCUUGGAUUGAAUCAAAUGAAAUUCGCGUUCAAAAUGAUAAUCACAGUAGUAGCAAUAGUAAUAGUAGUAGCAUCAGCAGCAUAAGUAGCACGUCUAGUGAUAGUGAUUACAAGAUGACCACCGGAGGUGGCGAUCUGGAAGCAGAUGUUGAUUCUUUGGAUUGCAGACACUCUGGUCUAUCUUCUAAUGAUCAGUUGCAGAAUGAUGGUCCCAAAUCGGGUUCUAAGCGUCCUCGAACAGGGAUGACAGAAUCUUUUAGCCAGUUGGGUACAGUUUCAAAUGCUCCUAUGCAAGAUGCAUGCAAAUCUGAUUAUGUCUCCAUUGAAGUUAACAAUUCAGCCAUUACGGCAGUUGCAAAUGAGGUAGGAUCUCAUUGGGAUUGGGAUGAUGAUGACAGAGGUGCGGGCAUGGAUAUUGAAGCACUUCUUUCUGAGUUUGGAGAUUUUGGUGACUUCUUCGAAAAUGAUGCUUUGCCUUUUGGGGAGCCCCCUGGAACAGCAGAGUCGCAGGCUCUUAUGUUUUCUGUGCCGGAUUGUGGAGAUGUUGGUAGCAGUCCUUGUACUGGGAUAAUGGAUGUUUCAGAUCAUAUGCUUCUGACUGGAGGUUUUCCUUCCUUUGAGAGUUUGAAUCCACUCCUUUCAGUAGCCACAGAGGAGUCUCUUAGCAAAAAUCAAGAAUUCACAAAGAAUGCUGUCUCUUCUGUCCCAGUAAACUCCACUCCCGCAUCUUCUAUGGGAGAAUUUGUCCAUUUAAUGAAAGCUGAAGCAUUAAUGACAUUUGCUCUGGAAUAUGGGGCUGUUGAAACUACCACAAGUGAGUUCUCAUCAUUGAUUUUUAGAAGUCCAUAUAUUCCUAAAAAUCGAAAAGCGGAGAGUGCAAAUUCAAGCCCGACAAAUUAUGUAUAUUGUGCAACACCACCUUCAUCUCCUUGCUUUGAUGGAUCUGAUGAGAAGCCUGGUGUGGCUGCAAGUCUGAAAUCAUGUCCAGGGAGGCGUGAUGCAAGCACCAUUAUCCACUCAAAGAAAUAUUAUACUAAUGUUGAAAGUGGGAAAGAGCAAAAUGAUAAAAGAAUAUUUACUAGUAAAAACAGUGUUUCUUCAUGUGAGGGAGCGACACCAACUCCGUUCUCUGGUUUCAAUUCUACAAAUGCUGUUAAAUCUAUCCAGAGGAAAAUGACUGAAGGCACCUUUGGAUUGGAGCAUUUUAUCAUCUCUACGAAAACAGUGCUUGCAACCGAAGUUGAAUGCGUUAUGUUCCAAGCUUUUAUGUGCAGGAUUCGACAUACAUUGCUAUCUUCUGUCUGCCCUCCAUCUGUCGGUUUGAGUAGGUUGAGUGGAAGUACUGUUUUAACUCAGCUGCAUGGUGACCCGAGUACCACGACUGACAAUAUUUCGAGCAAGUAUGAGAUGAGGAAGAAAGAAUCCAUACCAGUUAGGAUAGCUGGAGAUAUUGAUGGAGGAAUGCUAGAUGGGUCCUUUAGUGCACCUGUUGGUGUUUGGCGUUCUGUCGGAGUUUCUAAAGGUGGAAAACUUACUUCUUUACCUAGUACAGAAAUUUGCCCAUCCUUGCCGCAUAAUUCAUUCAAUGAGGAAGGUAUGCUUUCUUAUGGGCAGAGGCAACCACUUCAGGAGUUUCUUGAUGGCAUGACAUUACUUGUCCAGCAAGCUACUUCAUUUGUUGAUUUGGCACUAGAUGCUGAUUGUGGCGAUGGUCCUUUUGGUUGGCUUGCAUUACUAGAGCAAUGGAGACGUGGAUUUUCUUGUGGACCUUCUAUGGUCCAUGCAGGUUGUGGGGGAAGUUUGGCUUCUUGUCAUUCACUAGACAUUGCUGGUGUGGAGCUGGUGGAUCCACUUUCAGCUGAUGUUCGUGCAUCAUCUGUGAUUAGUUUGCUGCAGUCUGACAUGAAAACUGCCUUAAAGACUGCAUUUGGCAAUUUGGAUGGUCCAUUGUCUGUCAUGGAGUGGUGCAGAGGCCGAAAUCAAUCAGGUGACGCAGGAAGCGAGGUUGACGGAUUUUCUGCUGAAUCUGCUGUAGGUGAAUGUAGAGAUUCUUCAAGUACAGCAAGUCUAUCUGUUGGAGAACCAAUAAGCCCAUCUCAUUCCGCUGGUGGAUCAUCUUGCCUGAAAGUGUCUAGUACCACGGAUGGAGCUAGGGUGGAUGAGAUAAGCCAAAGGAGAUCAAAUCAAGAAAUCUGUAUGUCAGAGUCAGAGCAGCAAUUAAGCACCCGGCUGAGGCCAACAUUGUUUGUACUUCCACUACCUGCUAUACUUGUGGGGUACCAGGAUGAUUGGCUCAAGACGUCGGCGAGUUCUCUACAACUUUGGGAAAAAGCUCCUUUCGAGCCAUAUGCUCAGCAAAAACCAAUGACUUAUUAUGUUGUAUGUCCAGACAUUGAUCCCCUUACUACUGCUGCUGCUGAUUUUUUCCAACAACUUGGAACUGUUUAUGAGACGUGCAAACUCGGUACUCAUUCACCACAAAGUUUGGGAAACCAAAUGGAGAUAGGCUCUGGGAAAUGUUCGUCUUCUGGUUUUGUUCUACUUGAUUGCCCUCAAUCAAUGAAGAUUGAAAGCAGUACUGCUUCUCUAGUGGGUUCAAUCAGUGAUUAUUUUCUUUCUCUGUCCAAUGGUUGGGAUUUGACGAGCUUUCUUAAGUCUCUGUCAAAGGUUCUUAGAGCUUUAAAACUUGGUUCAUGCUUGAACGCAAACCCAAAAGAGGGAAACAGCGGUCCUUGUACGGUAAUUUAUGUGGUGUGCCCAUUCCCUGAACCUAUUGCAGUUCUACAGACUGUACUUGAGUCUUCGGUUGCUGUUGGAUCAAUCAUACUUUCAUCAGAUAAAGAAAGGAGAUCCAUAAUGCUGAAUCAGGUUGGGAAGGCAUUAAGUUGCUCAGCAGCUGUGGAUGAAGCAUCAAUAGCAAAUGUUUUAACACUUUCAGGGUUUAGUAUUCCUAAAUUAGUAUUGCAGAUCGUUACUGUUGAUGCCAUUUUUAGGGUUACAAGUCCGGCCCUCAGUGAGCUUGUCAUUCUCAAGGAGAUUGCUUUCACUGUUUACAAUAAAGCCCGGAGAUUUUCGCGAGGAUCCUCCAAUGAUGUGGUCCAGUCAUCGUCCAUGUCAGGUAGAUCUCAUUCAGUUUUGAUGCAAAUGAGUUCUCCAAUUCAAGGGAUGUGGAAGGAUUGUGUUGGUCCUCGAAUUGCAGGACCUUCCGUUUCAAGAGAAGGUGAACUUGAUACUAGCUUGAGGUCUGGUGCCUGGGAUAAUUCUUGGCAAACAUCAAGGACAGGAGGAUUAGGCUGUGAUCCAAAUGGAAUUGGAGAUUUUUUUCUUCAAGAUGAAAUCCAUUAUAUGUUUGAGCCGCAGUUCAUUCUUGCGGAACCUGGUUCUCUGGAGAAUGGAGUUUUAGCACCAGAGUCUUCUAAGCCUUUGCAUGAUGAUUCUAGUAGUGGAAGCUUUAUGCAGAGUACAGUUUCAUCAGGAAGCACAGAUGCUGGACCAAGCUCUCAACUUGAUGGAUCAGAACCUGAUAGCUUUAUAUCUGGCCUUUCGAAGACACUUCCAAGCCUUCAUUGUUGCUAUGGAUGGACGGAGGAUUGGCGUUGGCUAGUAUGCAUAUGGACGGAUUCUAGGGGAGAAUUGCUUGACAGCCACAUAUUCCCCUUUGGUGGAAUUAGUAGUAGGCAGGACACGAAGGGUCUGCAAUCCCUUUUUGUCCAAAUACUGCAGCAAGGCUGUCAGAUACUUCAGACAUGCUCUUCCUCUGAUACAGGAUUUGCCAGGCCUAGAGAUUUUGUGAUUACACGAAUUGGAUGUUUCUAUGAGCUUGAGUGCCAGGAAUGGCAAAAAGCACUCUAUUCAGUUGGGGGUUCUGAGGUGAGAAAGUGGCCACUGCAACUACGGCGCUCUUUACCCGAUGGGAUUCCUACAAGCAGUAAUGGGACUUCCUUGCAACAACAGGAGAUGAGUUUAAUUCAAGAGAGAACCCUUCCUUCCUCACCUAGUCCUUUGUAUAGCCCGCACUCAAAAACUUCUGGAUAUAUGAAAGGUGUUUUGGGACAUCCUUCUGCAAGGAAGCAACUAAUGGGUGGACAUGCCGCAGUAGACCAGACAAGGGGGUUGCUUCAGUUGGUGCAAAGCAUCAGUUUUGUUUCAAUUUCAGUUGAUCAUUCCCUACAUCUAGUAUUUCAGGCAGAUUCAACAUCACCUGGGGGAACUCAAGGUGGUGGCUUUGUGGGCCCGUCAGGUUAUCUCGAAGGGUUUACUCCUGUAAAGUCCCUUGGUUCUGCAUCUGCAUCCUAUUUACUAAUACCGUCACCCAGCAUGCGCUUCCUCCCUCCAACACCUCUGCAGCUCCCCACAUGCCUCACUGCUGAAUCGCCGCCUCUGGCCCAUCUCCUACACAGUAAAGGCUCAGCGAUUCCCCUUUCCACUGGUUUUGUGGUUUCAAAGGCUGUAUCUUCUAUGAGGAAAGACUCAAGAAGCAGUUCAAAAGAAGAAUGGCCUUCUGUUCUCUCUGUCAGUCUUGUGGAUUACUAUGGAGGUAAUAACACGGUCCAAGAAAAAAUGAUUAGAUCAAUUGUCAAGCAGGGAGGAAGAGGAUUAAGUUCAGAAGCUAGAGAUUUUGAAAUUGAGACCCAUUUGAUUCUUGAGUGCGUUGCAGCAGAACUUCAUGCUCUGUCAUGGAUGACUGUAAGCCCAGCAUAUUUGGAAAGGCGAACUGCACUGCCUUUUCACUGUGACAUGGUUUUGAGACUCAGAAGGCUCCUCCAUUUUGCUGAUAAAGAACUCUCACGGCAACCGGAAAAGUGAAGGAUAAAUGAUACAUCUUCAAAAUUCGGGAGGGCAGCGUUGUGCGAGUGGAUUGUGAUAUUUAUAACAAGACGUCAUGUGGUGGGGUCCAUCCCCUCGCCUCACAUAUUUCCUAUUGCAUCUUGGGGAGGAUGUAUCAUUGCUCAAAGAGUGCUGGACAAGUAGACCCAAGGCUUACAUUCAGUAAAGUCAAUUAGGAACACAUUAAUAGUUCUGUUGGUACUAUUGAUAUAAUGAUGAGCUUCAAAUGCAGGAAUAGGCAGCUGUGGAGUGCCAUUCUAUAUGCUAAUCUCACUAUCCCUGAGUAGUCUGUUUAAUUGUGUCUUCAUUUGGUUGGAGGAAAAAGAUUGUUGGGACAAAUAUUAUCCAAAUUAAUUUAGUGUGAGACAUAACCAGA